CGCCGCCGGCCCCGUACUGCGCUUCGCCGGCCCGCACAGGCCACCUCCAGCGGCAGCGGCGGCCCGACCCGCACCGCGGCCUGCGCCGGACCCGCGGCGGCGGCGGCGGCGGCGGAGGAGGAGGAGGAGGAGGAGGAGGGCGGUGUUUUCCUGCGCGGCGCCGCGGCCGGCGAGCGUCAGGCGGGGCGGCGGAGAGAGGGGGGGUAGUGGAGGGGGAGGCCCCGGCCCGGCCCUUCCCCUGUCCCCCGCGCCCCGAGGAUGGCAGCGCUGCCCGCACGAGUGGCUGGCGGCGGUGUCCCUCCUCUUUUUUUUUCCGGCAGCGGCGGCGGCGGCGGCGGCAGCGGCGGAUCAUUGUUGUGUGGGAGGAGGGCGGCGGGGAUGGACUUGAUCUCUCGGGUCUCCUGCUGAGGCGGCAGCACUGCGCGCCCCGCCGCCCAGACAGCACCCAGCCAGGGCCGAGCCGCGCCGGGCCAGGGAGGGACCGGCUCCCCCCCCUCCGCCCCAUCCUCCGGCUGCUUUAUUUUUUAGGGGGCUCUUCUGCUUCUCGCCCUUAUCCCCCCCACGCCCUCCCUCCGUCCUCCCCGCUCGCACACACGCAGAGGGACACGCACGCACCCUCCUCCUCUGCCCUUUCAUCCUUCCCUUCCCCCCCCCGCCCCGCAACCCAACCUUCCCCGCCGCCCUCCGCCGCCGUCCUCCCGCGGCAGAUGCGCUGGGGGUCAGCGCGCAGCUGGGACUAUGGUGAAAUUUCCAGCCCUCACCAACUACUGGCCCCUCAUCCGCUUCCUCGUCCCUCUCGGCAUCACCAACAUCGCCAUCGACUUCGGGGAGCAGGCUUUGAAUAGGGGCAUUGCUGCUGUCAAGGAAGAUGCUGUGGAAAUGCUGGCCAGCUAUGGGCUGGCGUACUCCCUGAUGAAGUUCUUCACGGGUCCGAUGAGUGACUUCAAAAAUGUAGGCCUGGUGUUUGUGAACAGCAAACGAGACAGGACCAAAGCAGUUUUGUGCAUGGUUGUGGCUGGCGCUGUAGCUGCUAUAUUUCAUACCUUAAUAGCGUAUAGCGAUUUGGGGUAUUACAUUAUUAAUAAGCUGCACCAUGUGGAUGAAUCAGUGGGAAGUAAAACUCGGAGGGCCUUCCUUUAUCUUGCUGCCUUCCCUUUUAUGGAUGCCAUGGCAUGGACCCAUGCUGGGAUUCUGCUGAAACACAAGUACAGUUUCCUAGUGGGAUGUGCCUCCAUCUCAGAUGUCAUAGCUCAGGUUGUUUUUGUAGCCAUUUUGCUUCACAGUCACUUGGAGUGCAGGGAGCCUCUCCUUAUCCCGAUCUUGUCUUUAUACAUGGGAGCACUUGUCCGGUGUACCACGUUAUGCCUCGGAUACUACAGGAACAUACAUGAUGUCAUUCCUGACAGAAGUGGGCCUGAAAUGGGGGGAGAAGCUACAAUAAGGAAGAUGCUGAGUUUCUGGUGGCCUUUGGCAUUAAUUUUGGCAACUCAGCGAAUAAGUAGGCCCAUUGUCAACCUUUUUGUCUCCCGGGACCUUGGUGGCAGUUCUUCAGCCACAGAGGCGGUGGCAAUUCUGACAGCUACGUAUCCUGUGGGACACAUGCCGUAUGGCUGGCUGACAGAGAUCAGAGCAGUAUACCCUGCUUUUGACAAGAAUAACCCGAGCAAUAAAUUGGUGAACACCAACAGCACCGUCACAGCGACACAUAUCAAGAAGUUCACUUUUGUUUGCAUGGCAUUGUCCUUAACGCUCUGUUUUGUGAUGUUUUGGACGCCAAACGUGUCAGAGAAGAUAUUAGUUGACAUAAUUGGAGUAGACUUCGCUUUUGCAGAGCUGUGUGUUGUUCCUUUGCGCAUCUUCUCCUUCUUUCCAGUUCCAGUGACUGUCAGAGCGCACUUGACCGGUUGGCUGAUGACUCUAAAGAAGACAUUUGUGUUGGCACCCAGCUCAGUGCUGCGGAUUAUCGUCCUCAUCGCUAGUCUCAUUGUGCUGCCUUACUUGGGAGUUCAUGGAGCCACUCUUGGAGUAGGAUCCCUUCUAGCUGGUUUUGUAGGAGAGUCCACCAUGGUUGCAAUAGCAGCCUGCUACGUCUAUCGGAAACAGAAAAAGAAGCGGAACGAGAACGAAGCAGCUACAGAAGGUGAAGACUCUGCAAUGACCGACAUGCCUCACACAGAGGAAAUGACAGACAUCGUAGAAAUGAGAGAAGAGAAUGAAUAAUAAAUGGGAUGCAAUUGUUCUCUGCAGGGACGAUUGGAGUGACACUUCAGCAUCUUGUCGUCUCUCAUACUUUUUUGUUUGUUCGUUUUUAUUUUUGUAAUAAAGAGGCCUUGAUUUAAAAGGUUUCAGAUAAAUUCUCUAGCAUACUGAGUAUGCUCUCACUGAUGAGGGACCUAAAAAGAGGUCUUUGCUUCUUUUUUCUUUUUUUUUUUCCCCCAAUUGAAUUUGUUUUCUCACUCCAUGCAAACACAAAAGAUACAAUUGCAUCACUGUAGAGUCUUCCUUACUUAUGCAUCCACCUUCUCUGGACAAUCUGCAUUUGUCAACCAAAGCCCUGCUCUCUGUGCACUUGUGUGUGUGUGCGCGCGUGUGUGUGUGUGUGCGCCCCCGCACACGCACACACAGGCGUGCCACUGGCUCAAUGCUACUGCCAUAAUCCCACUCCCUUCCCUCUUUCCUUUUCCUUCCUUUUCUUUAUGAGAAAUGUAAAGGAAAAGAAGUUUGGAAUACAGAGCUUUAUUUUACUUGCUUGAAUAUGACUUUGCUACAUAAACUAAUAUACUAUGGUGAACUAUAUCUUUUUGUUUGGCCUCAUCACUAGAGCUUAUACUGCACAGGGUACAAGACAGGGAGGAACGUGUAAGUCUCCGCAUGCAAAGUGGAGAAAAACAGGUUCCUCUCUCAUGUUAAAAGUGUGUGGAUGUCUAUAUACACACACAGGUACAUAAAGAGAGACAUACAUAUAUAUAUCUCUAUAUAUAUAUGCAUACGAUAAAAAAAAUACACACGGGACAAGAACUCUAUGUAGCUUUCAUUCCAUCAGAAAGAUAGUAAUCUUUUGAAAAAUGUUAACACUCAAUUCAGAGUUUUCUUGACUCGUUAAACCCCACCUUACCUAUAAUUUUCUUUAGAAAAAAAAACAAACAUGCACUUUCCUCUUGUGAAGAGGGUGAUGGCAACUGAUAGACUUUGACUGUAUUUGAAUUUAAAAAAAAAUAAAUAUUGACAAGCUUUACCAAAGUUCUUGUCCACUGAUUUGACUUUAAUUUUUGAAGGUUGCUCUAUAUACUUAUUUCUGGUGCCUAUAUAUUUUAAAAAAAGAAAUCAGAUAAGGUAUGCAGGAUACCAUGGUAUAUCGCAUUACUACACGUAGCUCCAUGAAAUUUUUUAUAUAGAGACGUACACAUACUCGCACGCACACGUGUGUGUGUGUAUGGAUAUAUAAAUAUAUUUAUACACACACACACACACAUACAUAUAUGUAUGUUUCGCUAUACUAUAUUUACCUAUGCAGUAGAUCAAAAUCCAUAUGGUGAAGCUCAAGUACUGAUGGUCCUCCCAGUCGCUAAUUAGGGACCGUGAUCGUGUGUUAGCUCUCAAGGCAGGAGUGGCGUGGCGGUGAGGAGCUGCUCGCAUCAGUCAGCGCGGGCCGUGCUUCGCGAAGGCGGCAGGCGCUGCGUGGCUGGGGUGGGCCGUAAAUGACAGAGCGUGAGGUCGGGUGGGUGACGUGUAUCAGAUUCAAACUCAGCCUAUGUAAGAGGUGACCGAACCGGAGAGGGUUUGGGUGCCGCCCGUGAGGGCUGCAGCAGCAGCAGCUUUGUAUUUCUGUGCUCUUCUGCGCUUGGCUGCGGGGCAGCAUUCGUUACCGGUUUGUCGUAGCUUGGGUUCUUUCAGAUUUAAUCGUGACGGAGUCUGGAAACGGUUUUCCUCCGUGCUAUAUCCGUAGAUCAGUUAAUUUAAACCUUAUUUAGUAAAAGUAUAUUUUUCUAAGUUGUGGAGAUGAUUAUUUAAUUGUGGACAGAUUCCAUUUCUAGAUUUAUUUGCCAGGUAGUCCCAGCACUCAGAGAACUGAUCAAAACUAAACAUUACUUUAAAUGUUAUAUCAAUAUAUGUGUAUGUAGACAUACACGUGUAUAAAUAUAUAUAUUGUAUAUUAUGUACAUUUAUUUUAAGCUACAAUACAUCUCCUAUUUUUCCAAGUUCAGCUAAAAAUUUCUCUAAAUAACUACAGAGUUGGCUAGUAACCAGUUAUGGCCAUCAGGAAAGGCAUUGUAUCAAUGAACUUUACAUUUUCUUGUAAACAUUUGUACCAAUUUGUUACCUGUACAAAUGCAAUAAGAAAAAGCGUAGAAAUUAUUGUGUUGGACACCAGAUGUGCAAAAUGAGUUCAUGGCUAAUGAGCAGUGGCACUGGGAGGGUGAGACUAAAUCCAUUAACCACACGCUUUCUGUGCCACCACAAGGUUUUUCUCCUUGUUUCUGACAGUAGUUUUAAAAAAAAAAAGUUUAAAAAAACCCAAACCUCAAACAAAUGAACUUUGUGCAGUAUGUAGACUGUACAUAUUCAUGAAUACAGGCUCUCAAACAGUCACAUGUAUAUAACACAUAUAUAGACUGUUACAGAUGAUGGUGGCCAUUUGAGGUCUUUUCCGUUCACGUAGUUUUGGUUUCUCCAGUACAUUUAUAUCCAAGUCCACAAGACACAGUUUUUCAGGAACUGUAGAGAUAAAGCAAGAAAAUAUUUUUGUGUAAUAUUUCUUUUGAUACACGACUAAAAUUCUAAUGGCUUUUUUUUUUUUUUUUAAGAAUUUUGAGUAUUGCUGAUGUAGGUUUUGAGGUAAUAGUUGCACCAAAAAGUAUAAAUUUGAAAGCGAAUUAAGUGAAACACGGAAACUUUUUGCUUUAGACAGAAGAUGAAUAAUUAUGAGAACUGAAUUAUUGAUCAUACAGAAUUAAACUAAGGGUGUUGCAAAACAUAAAUUUUCAGUUGUGUGGGUAAGACUUAAUAGUCCUUUACUUGGCAAGGUACCAAAUGAGGGCGGGAGUGGUGGGAUUUGGGCAAGAACUGGCGCAGUCACCUAAGGGCAGCACGCAUUGCGUCUCUUCCCAAUUCUUGUGGGCAACGCAUUUCUUAACAUUGCUCUGCUGGAUGAACAAAAACACGCUGACAUUUCUGGAAGGAGGGGUUCCAAACCAGCCCCUCGCGUCAGGGUGCGGAGCCGGGAGAUGCGUGCUCAAGGAGCUCCAUGUCUCCCACAGCCUCUCAUUCCAAAACCUCCCUGCUCCCGCUCCCCGUGGGUGGCAAGUUGAGCUGGGCUGGCGAGGCAGCCAGCCUGGUGGGCUACGGGUUGGGAGCAGGCAGCCCUCCUCCUUGGCUGGAGCCCCAGUCAGAGCGUUACUGGUCCCAGUGUCUCUGUCAGGCAGACGCUGGUGCGCGCACACCGUGCAGCACCUCUUCCUUCCCAAAAGGACUUUCCUGACUUCUGGUAAAACGGCUUAGCCGUCUCCUCUUGUGUUAAUUGCUUAGGAAAUCACUGCCUGUCUCUGUGAGAGGUAUUUUCCAAGAGAAACCUGUUUGGUUUCCAGUUAGGAGAACCGGAGCACAGUCAACUCAAUGAAUCCACGUGGAGGCUUUCCAGACUUCCUUGAGAAUUACUGAAUUAUACCAUCAAGAGUUACAAUAAAAAGAGAUCUGCAUCCUACAUCUUAAAUUUCAGAACAGCUCACAUGGUGGGAAAUAAGAGCAGAACACCAAUAAGCUGUGGAUUAAUGUUCCUCGGUUUUUAAUUGUACGUAAAAUUGCGUUAACAUCUUGAGUUUUCCUUUUGCAGAAUUCCCAGGAAACAUUGGGGGUGGGUUUUUUUUGCCCUAAGCAGCCCUCUCACGCUUAGCAAGCAGUGGACCUGGUGGAAAAGGCUCCAUGUUUCCCAGCCAGUGCUUGAUGCCAUUCGGGCGCAGCAGCGGGUUCCCAGGCGUGGGGCGUCCCCGCUCCCCGUCCCCCCCCCGGCACAGCCGGGCCAGGCAGGAGCGCUGGGCUGCCCCCUUCUUAGAUAGAGCCACCCCGAGCGGAGAGGACUGGGUGAGUAACAGAGAAGUCUUUUGUUUUACGCUCAUUUUGCUGCUAAAUAUUUCCUUUGAGGGGGGAGAGAUUUAUAUCUGGCCCUUGCUCGGCUUUUUGCCGAAUCUGCAGCCAGAGAGGGAGCAGCCCGAGACGGAGGGCGAGCUGAUGAAUGCAGCCGAUUCAGGGCAGGCCACGACAUGCGAACAGAAACCUUUUGAAGGCGAGGGCGCCUUCUUUUGUGGGAUGGCGCCUCGCGCUUAAAAAGAAGGGAGAAAGGAUGCUUUCAGGCCCCGGGUGCCCAGAGUCGCCAGGCAUAGCUGUGCGUGGGGCUGCAAGGUGGCAACGGGGACGGGGCAUCCUUGCGGCUCCCGCAUCCCGGCCCGCAUCCCGCCGCCGGCAUCCUCGGCAACGCGCAGGACGGUGCAGGGGAUGGCAAGGUGGCAGGGUCGGCUCUGUCUCUCGCUGAGAUUUUGUGGUUGCGGCGUGAUCGGCACAGGGUCGAGUGGCGCUGGGUGUUACCUGGGCGUGGUUGGAGUAGCCAUUAGUGUGUUGGAAAGCCACGCACAGGUGUAUGUGUAUGAGAGCGUUUUGCGGACAUUUUUAUUUUGGCACGAGCAUAGUUCAUUGGAACGAGGAUUUAAGCCUAAACAUGACCCUAAUGUGGGACUAGUAAUAAGCCAUUUUUAAAAAAUUGCGAUUUAAAGCUACAUGAAAGAGUAAAUAAAACGCCAUUUGAGCAGACCUUAUACCAGUAAGCUAAAGCAUGAUUUAGAUCAGUAAGGUGGGAUGAGGGAGAAAGGGGAAAUGUUGAAAAGCUUGUGGGUGUUGCAUAUCCAGCCUAAAGACAGCAGCAGGGCCUGGAGAUGAGCGAAACGGAGCAGAAAACAGCAGAGCGGCGGCUGCCGCUGUUUCCCUUUCGGCUGCCCCAGAGAGGGGCUGGAGGGUGAGGAGCAAGGCGUCCGCUAGACACCGCUCUUAAGUGUCCGAGGGAGGAGCAUGAAACGUUUUAGAAGAGUAUUCAAGCAGAAAUGAACCAGCAUGCAGGUUUUGGAAGGUGCGUAGAGGAGGCAGUACAAAGCUGGCUGUUUCUGAGUAACUGGCAGGGCUGCCUUGGGGAAAUGUCACGUAACAUUACCUCAAUAAAAAAGAAAAUUAUCAAAAUUUUGGUAUCCAAUUGGCAUUUCCCAAAGACCAACUUAACCAUAAAACGUUAGGAUUCCCUUCCCUUGUUCACGUUUGCUUUUUUACUCAAAUUCAAGUGCAGAAUACCGUAUUUUUUGAGGGGCACAAGCUCCCGGGGAGGCUGUGGGGGCUCGUGGCAGAGCCCCGGUGGGAAGAGGAGCUCCAGAUUCCUUCCACGCCCUGCAACACGCUGUAUUCAAUCGCAGCCCGACAGCAUCAUGAAACGAGGCAGAAUUAUCAGCUUAGCAGCAAACCGGGUCCGAGCGUGGGUGCCGACCGGCAGCAGCACUGCGGGAGGGAGCGGGGGAGCCCUGGCUCUGGGCUCCGGCUGCGACACCUCGCCUGGGUUUGCUUCAGAGAGCCAAGUUCUGUUGUCGGUGGGUAGAUGUGCUCCUCAGCAACACCACCGCCAGACCCCUCAGUAAUUGGCACCUUCUGAAGAAAAAGGCCAAAGACAAAAUAGGAGAGGGGCAGAGAGACCGAGCCUUAAGCCCAGCUAGGAGCGCGUACUCACACAGAAGGGCGUUUUGGCUGCAAGCUUGUGCAAAUUAAUUGUACAGUUAGAGCGUGAGGCUUCAGCCUCAGCAUUUCAUAAUCAAGAUACCCACUCUAUUUCAGUAAAACAGGGGAAUUUUGGUAGAUUUUUAGGUGCUCUUGUCUUUGCAGCCCUGAGGAGGAAGUUUUCCUUAGUACUACCAAGCCUUGUCACUGCUCAAAUCAAUUUACUAGUUUUAUCUCAUCGUUAUUUUCUGUCAUGUUCUUCAGGCGUUUCCUUAUUUUCUUCUGAAGGCUCCUGCUAGGCUUAUUUUGUCUGUUGGCAGUUUGAGAAGGAAACCGCAAUCGUCAUGUUGACUGAAUGUCAAGUAAUGCCAUGAUUAAACAGUAGCUUACAACAAAACUCUUCUUUGACAGACUGUUUUUUCAAUUUUCAUUUGCUAAGCUGAAAAGGAGAGUCCAGAAGUAGAAGGAAUGAGGGGGUGUCUUUAUUUAAAAUCGAGAAUUAAAAGAAUUAAUUGAAGUUCACUACUUAACUCAGCCACUUGGUGAGUUUCUAAUGAUCCAUAAGGCCGCAACCCAAACUUUUCCAGCAAAGUUAGCACCGCAUCCCCAGAGCGGCGCAGAAUAGUUUGAAGCCCUGGGAAACACAAGACUUCGUAUAUUUCACAACUAAAUGGGUAACUUAAUGAGUUGGAGAGCCCCCUUAGCAGGGACAAUCAAUUAAGUUUAAAAUUCAGCUGGGCAUGAGCAGCCUGAUACAAUGUCUAAGGUCACCCUGCUUUGAGCCGGGGUGGGAGAUAGAUAAGACGAUGGCCUGCGGUCCCCUUCUGACAUAAAUUGUUCUCUGAUUCAGUCAGGGACCUAAAGAGGUCCCUUCAUCUUAAGGGACUUGACUUUUUUAGGCUUUUGGUUCAGAGUUGAGAGACAGUGCCUACUAGGGCUCAUGAGAGCAAAAAUCUGGGCUGCAGAGAUUCUUUUGCUGAUGACGAAAUUUUCAUAUUGCAGAGCCAGCUGUAAAGCACCUCCCACCCUCUGGGAGCCCACAAGGAGGGCAAAGCAAAAAUAAGCUAUUGUAUCUGCAGAUGAAAUAUUUGAGUACUGUGCUGCACUUUUCCAAUUAACUCUCUAAGCAAAACUGCCUGAAACCAGCAAGCAAUUGCAUCUGCUGCCUGCUUCCUCCCGUCUCUCUUCAUGCUCAUCAUUCAGCACAAAAAAAAAACAAAGCAAAACAAAACAAAAAAACCUGCUCUUUGUAAUCAAGGUAAUGCAAAGUAAAUACUUACAUUUUUGUAAUAAAACAGCUUGGCCUAUCUACAAAUGAGAGCAUAUAAAUCCCCUCUUAGGAAAGGAUGAAUUUUAAAAUUGGAACAACAGCUUGAUCCAUAAUUCAGCAAAAACACAACAGAAAAGCAAGGAAAAAAGUGCAGAACUUAAAAAUAAAUCAUUUUAAUUGUGUUAACUUUUAAUGAGAUUCUGCCUGGGUGGAAAGUAAAGUGUAUGUACACAAGCAGAAAACAGCAGGGCCUGGAACUAACAUCCACUGCUCAACUUUGUAGUUUGCUCUCCAAAGCAGCACUAAUGUAACUCUGGUUUUGUGUCUUGUUAUGAUAAACAAAAAAUUCUUCCUAAGUGAUAGUUAAAUAAUUGAAAGGCUACCAGCAAUAAGUUUACUUAGCUCAACUGAUUUCAGCCGCAGAGUUUUCAAGCGCCACAAAAUUGUGAAGGCAAAACCUCCAAAGACGUUGAAGGUGCGUAUGCGUUUUUGUGGAUGGCACAUCCUUACUUACUGCCAUCAGCAAGCUUUUUAAAAUAAAUCUAAUCAAUCUUUAAAUAACGUAUUUCAAAGUGCACUUCACUUAGUUUAGGCUUAAUAAAAAUCUGCCUGCGAUAUCCUGUAUAUUUUUAAAACGCAAAUGCACAAGAUGUGAAAUUCAGCCUGCGUGUUUAUACUGGGCAGAAACCCCCACCACCGUCAUCAAGGCAAUCAAUCAGGCUUAGCUCCCGUCAGGUUUAUGAUUUUUCAGAACGUUGUUCUCACUGCUCCGUUAUUUUAGCUCAGCUUUCGGUGUUGCUGCCUCCCCUUUUGUUUCUGGAAGCCAGGAGCCAGGGGAGGGUUUGUGGUGAGAGGCACUGGGAUGGCUGGAGGACCCCCCCCCAGCUCGUCUGCUGAGAGGGAGGGUGGCUUGAGGCCGGAACCUCGGAGCUCCUUUAGCAAGAUGUGGUUCGAUGGCUUGUCACUCCACCGUUGGGUGUGAGCUGGCGGCAGGGAUCCUCCCCGGGGCUGGCUGUUCGGAAGACGAGGAAAAAAAUAGAUGUUGCCUGUUGCUGGUGGACUCGAGGUUGGGAGUAUCAGAGCCCCCCCGUGCAGCUUGUAUGAUUUGUUCUGCGGCACUGUCGGAGCACGUUACUGCCACAGGCCACAGAAAUCCAAACUUGGAGACUGAGGACCCGACUCUGCGAGGUGGCGCGGGUGAAUGUGUUUCGUGGUGCGCGGGCAGCCCAGCCCAGCAGCGGUCCCAAGCUUGGAGAAAGUCUUGCUUCAUCUGUGUCAGCCAGAAAGCUUCGGGGCAUGCUCUGGAGGAGCACACGCGAGCGAGGGGGUGUGGAGGAGCGACUGUGUGUAUGUGGAGCCAGAGGGAGUGCUGGGCACAAAUGAAUGAGUUGAAGUGUCUUUCGCGAGCACCCCACACUGCGUUACCCUGCAAGGACCACACUGGUGGCCAGAGUGAGCUGUAGCCAUUUAUCAUGUUUAGUGAAAGGUUUGCUGACCUUUAAAGGUUAUCGGGCAGCAUUACUAGAUACUGGUGACUAGGGAGUACCAAACUUUAUAGUGCUAGGAGCACAAAAGACAGCAAACUUCGCCAUGAGAACACCCACAUGUCCUGCUCCCUCCAUCUUUGCGUACUUGAGCAGGGCCAGCCACAAAGUGACUCUAGACAGAAGCUACAAAGGUUGAGCAAAACCUAAAGGGCAGAGCAGAAGACGAGGGCUAUUUUGUCUUCACAGCAGGAAAUCAUUGUGGAGGAGAACCAAAUUGUGUAGAGGUAACCCCCAGAAAGUCUCUCAAAGGAGAUGCAGUUUCUGAACAAGGUUCAAGACAACUUUGACCACAUCAUGUGCGGUCAGACUGCGCCGUUUGUAGAGUAGUAUUACAAGACUAGCAGGUUCUCCAAUCUCAGAGAGGUGCUAUAAGGAUAAAAUUUACUAAUGCUGGUGAAAGAUGCUUGGAUACUACAGGGAACACCACCACAGAAAUGCCUAAAAAAACUGAAUUCAUAUUUGCGUGUUUUAAAUGUGCCUUUAGGUUCUCUAAAAUUGACUUGUUUUUAGUUUCAUGGAAAUACUUUUAAAAAUCGGGAGUGGGGAGUAGUGUCUGGAAGCAGCAUCCUAAAAAAUGGGCAGCACAAAGUCUGAAGACUCUUGCUUGGGAAAGAGGGGAAAGGAUGCUUGGGGGCCUUGUCUUUUCCCCACCUGACCCUCAGACCAUGGAGCGUUCUGCAGGACGGCUUGUUCUGUUCUCAGCAGGUUUCCGACACUGAAAGAGUCAAGAGCAGUAGCUGGCCACCCUUUAGGGCCUGCUGCAGUUGCAUUGGGAUUAAGGUCAAUUCUCUAACACCUUUCUGUAGAGAAAAAGCACCAUUUUUUCAGUUCAUUUCUGUAAUUUGAAGGUAAACCUGAGGACUAGGCAAAGGCGUAUUUCACCUGAGAGGUAUCGCUUGGUUUUCAUUUCUUUCAGAAUAUUUUUCAGUAUCAUAUUCAGAUUCUUUCCUUCAGGAUAAAGCUGUCUUUAUGCAAAGCAGUGUGCCUAAUAGCCAUCCUCGACUACUUAAACAAGUCAAUUUUGCAAGGACUGUAGGUGUCAAGCCAGAGCACCGUUUGGGACUACAGUACAGGGAUCCUAGAUCUUAAAUGAAAUGUUACCUCAUGCAUCAUUUUCUGUCAUACUUGUAGAAUUCCAGUUGAUUUCUCUCAAAAUAAACAUUGCUUUCUGUAGUUUGUACAUGUGCUAAAGCUACCGGUUUGGUUUUUUGGUGACCAUUUUGUUCUGCUUUAAACGUGGGUUUUCUUUAAACUCUAAAGAAACCAAUGAUGGUAAAAACUUUGUACAUUUUUAAACGACUGCUAAGGUCAAAAGUAUAAAAGUAUCUGUUGCAUUAAAAUUGAGUGCUGUUUAUGUAUUUAACAGAGAUGUAUGGUUUUGCAUUGUUAAAAAGAAUGAUCUAUGCUUUCUUGGUGGGGGGGGAAUCUGUGCUCCAAUGUUGUCUGAUAGCUUUCAUAUUCUAAUUACUUUAAGUAAAGUUCUAACAGUUUGCAUACGA